GCAACUUGAAUUGGCUCGGAUAUAACAAAAGAAAUGGCUUCCAAAAUCUUGCUCUUCAUCGGCAGUGGUGCUAACAUUGGAGCCUCGACUGUCAAGACCUUUCUCGGAGCUGGCUAUAGAGUCGCACAAGCUUCACGGUCUCUGAAACCGGAGGAUAGCACGAAAGACAAUCUUCAACUCGUGGUCGAUGCUACCAAGCCGGAAAGCAUUACAAAAGCAUUCGAAGAAACGAGGCAGAAAUUGGGAGAGCCGAAUGUUGUGAUUUAUAAUGCCGCCGCCGCCCAUUUCGGCGGAGCCGCCGACACCCUCAACCAUGUUUCUCUCUCCGACUUCACUACGGAUCUCACCAUAAACACCACAAGCCCUUUCGUUGCCGCGCAAGAAGCGCUCAAAUCUUUCAAUGCCAUCCCUUCAUUAACACGAAAGACUUUCAUCUUCACAGGCAACCUCCUUAACGAGCAAAAGCCAAUCCCAGGUCUCUUGACGCUCGGCGUGGGGAAAUCUGCCACAGCGUAUCUGAUCGCAGAAGCGGAUUUGGUGUAUAGCAAGAAAGGAAUCAGGUUCCACUACGUUGAUGAGAGGACUGAAGUUGGCGGGCCGAUAUAUAACGGUGUUUCCGGCGAGGGGCAUGCUAGCUUCUUCCUGGAUUUGGCGGAGGGAGGGAAAGGCGAUGAGGUGCCGUGGCAGGCGACUUUCGUGAGUGGGAAGGGGUAUGUGGAGUUCCCGAUCAGGGGAGUAGAGUUUUGA